AUGAAGACACAAGGAAAAGAGGAGAUUCCAAGCACCUCCCUCUCCUCAGAGUGCAGCAGCGUGCAAGUGUACCAUGACUACCAGAAAGUGGCUUUCAAGAUGCACCCUGAAAAUGGCCACGCCAAAGACAAUGGCUCUCACACCAUGAAGGAGCAGUUCCCAAUCAAAGAAAAUUCAUCAUGCAACAGCUUUGACCUCAAGAUCAGUAUGAAGGAUUCCAGCACUCAAAGGCUUUCAAUGUGGACCAUUGAUUCCAGCACACAGGCCUAUUCAGGUCCAGAAGACAACUCCACAGACCCUGCAGAGACCCCGACAGAGACAUCCACUUUGAACUUUGUUGAAGAGUAUCACACUCUCCAUGGGACGACAAUGGUUUACCUCAAGGAGUUUGUGCUUAUUGAUGAUGACGAUGAUGGGGACAUGUCCCUAAGAGAGAAAACAGUCCAUAACUUGACCGUCAUGGAUGGGAAAGCUGCGGACCUAGUUUGCGGGAGAUUGGUUUCCACUUCAAGCGUCUCCCCUGAAUUGACGUCAGUUGUUGCAAACAUUCUGGAUGUAUGCGCGAGCUGCCACAAAAAUGCCACAUGUGAUGACAAAUCUGAUAACUCUGGAAAAGUUUGUAAUUGCAAGUCUGGUUUUUUAGGAAAUGGAAGAACCUUGUGCUUAGAUAAAGAUGAAUGUCAGAUAGCAGCCUCAAAUAUCUGUGGGCAGCACGCUAUAUGCCACAAUACAUAUGGCAGCUACUACUGCACCUGUCUGUCCGGAUACAUGGCUUCCAACAACAUGCCAUUCUUUAUCAGAAAUGAUGGAACCCACUGCCAAGACAUAGAUGAGUGUGUGGUAAACGGCCUUUGCGGUGAAGGAGGUCAUUGCAAGAACCUGGAUGGCAGUUUUGAGUGCAGCUGUCAUCUGGGAUAUCGAGUCCAUAAAGGGGUUGAACCUUUCCACCCCAUCAAAGACCAAACUUCUUGUCAAGUGGUGAAUUGUGGCCAGCUUACAUUGCAGCAGAACUCACUAUUGCGAUCAGCAACAGGGACAACAUUUGGCAGCAUGGCAACAUUUGAGUGUGACGAAGGCUUUCUAUGGAAGAGUGGAAACAACACCUCACAGUGUGGGGCUGACGGACUUUGGAGUAAGCUCACCAUGAUCUGUGAAGAGAUAUUAUGUGGAAAACCUAAUAAUGUGCCACACACUGGACAUAUUUGGAAUGGCAUUUCCACCCCUGGAAGCGUGGCAAACUAUUACUGUAAACAAGGACUUAAUCACAGUGAAGGCAGUGCCAUAUCACUGUGCACACCUAAUGGUAACUGGACAGAGCCAAACAUUUCAUGCAAAGAAAUUGACUGCGGCUCGCCUCCUGACAUUCCACAUUCAGUCUUGUUAUGGGAUCACAUCUCCACUGUAGGCUCUCAGGUUGCUUAUCAAUGCCAAUCUGGAUUUUACAGUGUUGGGGGAAAAAAUAAAACAGUAUGCAAAGGCAAUGGGAAAUGGGAAACGCUCUCUCUUCGCUGUCAAGAAAUUAAAUGUCAGGAUCCUGUUUUCAUACCACAUACUAAAAGACAAUGGGAUGGCACGUCACAUGUUGGCGGUGUGGUUAUUUACGAAUGUAAUGAAGGCUAUGGCACAAGGAGUGGGAAGAACUUCUCAGUGUGUGGACAGAAUGGACUUUGGGAGGAAUCUGAUCUUUGGUGUGAAGAAAUAAUAUGUGGGCCCCCACAAAUCCUCCCCAAUACUAACCUCUUGUGGAACAACUCUACUAAACCUGGCAGUGUCGUGAUGUAUGAGUGUAUAGAUGGAUAUUACCAGGAGGCUGGACAUAAUAUUUCCACAUGUCUAAUAUCAGGCGAGUGGGCAAACGUGUCAUUAAGCUGCAAAGCAAUGUGUGGCCCGGUCCCAUUACUUGCCCACUCUGAGGUAGUGUGGCGUAACGGAAGUGUAGUGACCCAUCGUUGUAUGAAUGGCUAUCACAGCUGGAGGGGCAGCAAUGUGUCCGUGUGUGGUAACUCUGGAGAGUGGCAGAGAGCUACGCUCAAAUGCAUAGAAGUCAAGCCGCCCAUCCAUCAACUACUUGUUUCAAAUGAAAAAUGUUUGCAGUGGAGAGCAGAAAAGUAUGAAGAGGAAUCAGAAAUGUACAGGGUGAUCUACACAGGAUCCAGAAACUAUCAAAAGGCCUUUCUUGAUAAAAGGAAAAAGUUUGUAAACUCAAAGGCAGACUGGCUGGAGGUCUGCCUCAAUCUGCUUCCAGCCACAAACUACACCGUCUCUAUUACCGCAUUGUCUGCUGGAUUCACAUCCACCACCACUAUUAACACCAGUUUGACAGUACCUGCUGUACCAGUUGUGCACUACAGAGAAUACGAGACUUCAGUACCAACUCUGAGGCUUAAGAGAUCACCGAAUACUCUUGACCCAAUAAGUUUAUACCAAGUGUACGUACUUCCUGUAGAGGGAAUGAUGGUGUUUGACUGUUCCUCUCCUAUGAAUGGGGAGGCCUUAGGCACCAGUGGUUCCUCACAGGGAUGCAUUGCAGCCCAGAUGCACGUUAGCCAUGUUGGACCAGAGAUAGAGUUUACUGUGGGAGAUGGUUUCCAUUAUGGAGGCUUUUUCAAUGCUCCUCUGGAAAAAGGCAGAAACUAUUAUGUCAUCUUACGGGCUGUUAGUCAGUGGAAAAAGGAUUCAAAAAGCUCAUGUGUCCUGUGGGCUAAAGUAAAAGGUACAUCCUACUUUGUCAAAAUUUCAUCACUGUGUGCUGCUGCAUUAAUAGGACUAAUUGCAUUAGCAAUAUUGCUAGGACUGGCUUACUUCCGGUAA